CACCCAACUAUCUUUGGUGAUACUUAUUUCCUAUUGACACCCUCGUCUUGUAGCUUCCUAUGCUACAAACCCUCCAAGCCAAGUGACAAGCCCAGCUCUACCUGCUCUCCUCGCUCCUCGUCCUCUCUUCUCUGAGAAAACAGCAGGACUCCAUAUUAGAUUCCCUGUGGCUGAAACUGCUGCUAAUUGAUUCAGCUGAGAGAAGACCUGCCUUUGGAUCAACUGAAAUUAAAGAAACUCAGAUUUGAGGCUAGCAGAUCACAACAAAUAUCAAGUUUAUUGAAGUCCCCUGAAAGUCACUGAAAGUCAUCGAAAUGAUGUCCUACAUCAAACAGCCUCAUUAUGCAGUCAAUGGACUAACCUUAGCUGGAACUGGAAUGGACCUUCUGCACUCAGCUGUAGGAUACCCAACAACCCCGCGGAAACAGAGAAGAGAGAGAACGACCUUCACCAGGGCCCAGUUGGAUAUUUUGGAAUCCCUCUUUGCUAAAACACGUUACCCUGACAUUUUCAUGAGGGAGGAGGUGGCUCUAAAGAUAAAUCUACCAGAAUCCCGAGUGCAGGUCUGGUUUAAAAACAGAAGGGCAAAAUGUCGCCAACAACAACAGCAGAGCACGGGACAAGCUAAGCCUCGACCAGCUAAGAAAAAGACAUCCCCUGCCAGGGAGACAAAUUCAGAGGCAAGCACCAAUGGCCAGUACAGUCCUCCUCCUCCUGGCACUGCAGUUACCCCUAGUUCCACAGCUGGUGCAACAGUGUCCAUAUGGAGUCCAGCAUCCAUAUCCCCCAUUCCUGAUCCUCUCUCUAUUGCAACUACUCCCUGCAUGCAGAGGUCAGCUGGCUACCCAAUGACCUAUAGUCAGGCCCCUGCUUAUACUCAGAGCUAUGGAGGAUCUUCAUCUUAUUUCACAGGGCUGGACUGUGGAUCCUAUCUGUCUCCUAUGCACCCACAGCUCUCAGCUCCUGGUUCCACCCUGAGCCCAAUUGCCUCAUCUACGAUGGGUAGUCACCUCAGCCAAUCUCCAGCAUCCCUUUCUGCCCAGGGAUAUGGAGCUUCCAGUCUUGGCUUCACCUCAGUGGAUUGCUUAGACUACAAGGACCAAACUGCUUCCUGGAAGCUUAAUUUCAAUGCCACUGACUGCCUUGAUUAUAAAGACCAGAGCUCAUGGAAAUUUCAAGUCUUGUAAAUCUGACUGAAGCGCAAGCCUCAUUUUCAUCAUCCUCCACUUCAGUAUAAACUUUGCUUUAUAUUCCCGCUCUACAAGACUGUCUGGAUCAGAAAUGUAACGAUGGAACAAACACAAAAACAUUUAUAACUUUAUGUCUUUUUGCCAUUAAAUGUUUUAGAACAAAUUUCCUGUAACUACACAAUGUAAUUUACUCGAAAAACUCAACACAAGUUAAUUUUCUCAUUUCUUUUUUUGAACUGAAAAAACAUUAAGGGUCAGGGCACACGCUCAGAUUCAGGGAGAUUAUUCGCCUGGCGACAAAUAUCCUCUUCUUCAGGGCGACUAAUCUCCCCGAACUGCCUCCCGCCGGCUAGAAUGCAAAUCGCCGGUGGGAUGUCACUCGGAGCGCGCCCGAAGUUUCCUUGUGAGGCAACUUCUGGCGAAUUCAGAAAACAAAGUGCUCCGAGUGCCAUUGAAGUUAUCCAAUUUACAUGGUAGCCGGCGGGAGGCAUUUCGGGGAGAUUAGUUGCCCCGAAGAAGAGAUUUGAUGCCUGGCGACUAAUCUCCCUGAAUCUGAGCAUGUGCCCUGACCCAAAUUUUGAGAAAAUUACAGCAAAUGUAGGGGAGAUAAUUUUAAAAGCACUUUGGAUUGAGGCUAUGAUAACACAGUCCUCGCUCCUCCAUCUUGUUGUUGAUUGGGAAAUUUCUUGUGAUAAAAAUCUUCAGGUUAUCUGCAUCAAACCUGCUUUGCUGAACAUUUUGCUUAUUAUGUCCCAGCCACCAAAGAAUAAUCAGUAAUCUCUGGAGUAAAAUAGUUCUCCAAAUAAAUACCAAAGUUUCAGAAUGAGAAAAGAAUGAACACAGCCAUCCCUUGUUGUUCCAGUUGAAACUUCUUUAGCCAAGCAAUACAUAUUUUAAACUCUGAGUAUAUCUGAUCACACACAGGAGCUUCAACAGGUGUAUAUAUCAGCCGCCUGAUGCAAAACCUGUAUUUGAAAAAAUGAUAAAGAAUGAAAAGUAUUCUGCUCUGUCCAGUUAAGGACACAAUGUCUGAACUUCAGGAAAGACUCUCAACCAGUGCAAUUCCAGAUACUGGAAUCCAACUUGAAGACUUAACAGGCUCCUCAUGUACCAGCGCUAACACAAUCACUGUAGUACAUUGCAAGAAAUGCACAUUUAUUUGAACAGGCAUAAACUCAAGACAACUAACCAAUGAUAUUUUUGAAUGGAGUUAAUUUAUUUUAUAAAAUGUUUCUACCUACCCGCCACUGUAUGAUUUGUCGUACUAUGGAAUCCUAUAGACGAGAAGUGUUUUUCUGUGUUGUGCUUUCAUCUUUGUGUUGACUAGUAUAGUUCUACGUAGGGGUUUGUGUCUGUUCCAACGAAUUAGUACAAACGUUCUCUUAGUUCUGAUAUAUUAAUUAAUUAAUGUUAUGACAAAAAAUAUAAAUGUGCAAAAUAUUAAAAUUAUUGUGUUGAACCACAA